AUGAAACCACACUCGCAUUCGGCUUGCCAUUCGCACUCUCGCGACGCAAGCUCUCUGUCAGGUUUGACGGUCAUCGACGCCGAUGAUCCACCACCACUGCUUAGUGUCUAUGGCUAUAGAGAAGAGGGGGGAAACCACUCUUCGAUCUUGUUCUUCGAUGUCGAUGCCAAAGAUCCAACAGAUAUUCUGUACAGCCGACUCAAAUCAUGCCAUGCCCCGCCACUUUACUCCGACCAAGUCAUGCAGUUUCGCGCCGCAGUGGCUCAGUUUGGCCAUGGGCUUGGCCAUGAGAAGCGCAGAAGUCGACUCCGCCCAAUGAUUGGCACGGGGCCUUUGAAAACUGUCUACCAAGACGAUUAUGGAGCAUCUUCCGGUAAAAUGAUUAUGAAGUUGCCCUCAAUUGCCAAGGUUACCUGUCUUUUUCAGGCCAAGAAGAGUCGCAUCAUCGUUGCGGGGAAUAGAACGACUCAGAUGAAAAAAUGGAACAACUUGGUGCGUGCUCACAUGGUGAACAUAGAGAUCCUGUUUAUUUGCGCGAGUCUCGACUGGGGGGAGUUGCUGGAUGGCAUUGAACAAGGUGCCGAGGAGCUCUUCACGAUGAUGUCCUGCUAUAAGCCCCCGAGGGUCGUCCAGUCGAUCGUCAACCAAGACCAUAUUGACAUCUGGAGGAGCUUGUGUGUUCUCCAAGUCUGUCUGCAAGACUGUAUCGAUCUCAUAAAGAGCAACCACUCUACCAUAGAGAUUUGUAAUAAGGAGCCAAAUUUUCCGAAAUCGAGCAGCGACUACCUGGAGGAGUUGCGCUUAGUCCUAGAAAGGGCUGGCGCAAUAAAACUUGCCCUUGAAAGAGACACUGAAGUUGUUAGUUCAGUUCCUGAUUUUUUGCCCCUCGGCUCUGAUACGGGUAUCCUAUGCGUUGAUGCAUACUGA